AUGUCCCAUAAACAACAAUCAAUCUUCCCUCCUGGUCUUGUUGAUGAGACACUGGCAACUUUGGCCCUUCUUUUCCCUCAAGGUGAUAAAGAGACAGAGAAGUGGUACAGAAGGCAAGAUGGGCCAGAAGAACUAGACGAAAAUGUAUUACAAUGUGGAAAAAUGGACAAGCCAAUAGGAGACUAUAAAUAUUGGCAUCACCGGCUCGUCAUCUUGAAAAGUGAGUUUGAUAACUCUCGGCCUUCGAAUCUCAAGCAAUGGUGGAAUGACAGACGCGAUGUGAGCCAGUGGUAUCCACUAUGGGUCGCAAUAUCGUUGACCGUCUUGUUUGGUCUCGUGCAGAGUAUUGAGGGCGCCUUGCAGGUGUACAAGGCAUAUAAUCCUUAG